AUGCUCGGAAGCGUGUGCCAAAAGAUCCCUGCACGGACAACUUCCCUACAAGCAUGCAGGUUUAUUCGAGCAAGAUGGGAACGUGCCUACUACAAGGAUCUCUAUCAUCGUAGGAUGUUACUGGGAGCAGACCCACUUAUUCAUCGCUCAUCCUAUCCUAAUUGCGUGCGAUCCCACCAUUGUUUCGGUGGAGCUGUUCAACAGUGGUCCCAAAUCGAAUCGACCAUCGAUGUUGCUUCCGAAGAAUACAAGCAGAAUUACACUCAAAUGAAGGAAAUAGUGGAUGAUCUACGGCAGAAGAUUUCGAAGAUCACUGAAGGAGGAGGAGAAAAAGCUCGAGCGCUGCACAAGAAACGCGGAAAAAUGCUUGCGCGUGAACGGAUCAACACUCUGAUUGAUCCAGGAACCUCGUUCUUGGAGCUGAGCCAGCUUGCCGGCUUUCAGAUGUACGGUAAUGAAGAAGUCCCUGCAGGUGGCAUCAUCACUGGCUUAGGAACUGUCUCAGGACGAGUUUGCAUGAUAUCUGCUAAUGAUGCCACCGUGAAAGGAGGAACCUACUAUCCUAUUACUGUGAAGAAACAUCUCCGGGCACAAGACAUCGCCAGGGAAAAUGGUCUACCCUGUAUCUAUCUGGUGGAUUCUGGUGGUGCGAAUUUGCCCCGUCAAGCUGACAUUUUUGCAGACAGGGAUCAUUUUGGAAGGAUUUUCUAUAACCAGGCAACCCUCAGCGGUCAAGGUAUUCCUCAACUUGCUGUUGUUAUGGGCAGCUGCACAGCGGGAGGGGCUUAUGUUCCAGCUAUGGCAGAUCAGGCAAUCAUAGUCAAAGGCACUGGAACAGUAUUCCUGGGAGGGCCUCCUCUUGUCAAGGCAGCUACGGGUGAAGAUAUUUCCGCUGAAGAACUGGGAGGAGCUGACCUUCAUUGCAGUGAAUCUGGCGUGACAGAUUACUAUGCACACAACGAUGCACACGCUCUCCAUUUGGCCCGCAACGCUGUUGCCGGAUUGGGACCACCUGUGGGAGCCGCAGAAUUCGCCGAUCAUUUCGAAGAGCCUCUGUAUCCUGCGGAAGAGUUGCUUGGCAUUGUUGGAGCGAACCUCAAGAAAACGUUUGAAGUGCGGGAAGUUAUUGCACGUAUUGUUGAUGGUUCCCGUUUCGAUGAAUUCAAAGAAAAGUACGGAGAAACGCUUGUGACCGGAUUUGCAAAGAUUUUUGGCCAACCUGUUGGAAUUCUUGCGAAUAACGGUGUGCUGUUCUCGGAAUCCGCCAUGAAAGGGGCACACUUUAUUGAAUUGUGCUGUCAACGAAAAAUUCCCCUGGUGUUCCUCCAGAAUAUAACUGGAUUCAUGGUGGGUCGUGAAGCUGAAGCAGGAGGAAUCGCCAAGCAUGGUGCUAAACUAGUAACAGCAGUAGCGUGUGCCUCUGUCCCUAAGUUGACUGUUCUGAUUGGUGGAUCGUACGGAGCAGGAAACUACGGAAUGUGUGGCCGAGCAUACGGUCCUCGAUUCCUUUUCAUGUGGCCUAACGCCCGCAUUUCUGUGAUGGGUGGUGAACAGGCCGCGAAUGUCCUCGCAACUGUUCAACGUGAUAAACGUCAACGGGAGGGAUCACAAUGGACUCAGGAGGAGGACGAGGCGCUCAGAAAGCCAGUUGAAGAAAAAUUCGAGAAAGAAGGUCAUCCAUACUUCGCAUCAGCACGGCUUUGGGAUGAUGGCGUUAUCGACCCUCGUGAGACACGUAAAGUGCUAGGUUUAACAUUGCAGGCCACGCUGCAGAAACCUAUUCCUGAAACGAAAUUCGGCGUUUUUAGGAUGAAUUACGCUUCGGAGGUGUAUGCUUUUGGUCAUCGUAUCGGUGCCCCAGAUGUUCAACCUGAAGAGCUGGUUAAGGCUUUGACAACGAGUUCUUUCUACACGCGUGCUGACAUCGAAGAAGAUGCGGCUCGUGCCGCUCCGAGCCAGUCAACAGAAGUGGGUGAAGGCAGCAACACGGAACUCGCAGAAAAAGGUGACAAAGUUAUUUCUCAAGUUCUAUCAUCCUACCUGCGUUGUCAGCUACCACUUGCUCCUGAGGAAUUCAUCCAAGCCGUUGUCAACGAACUGAGCUCGGAUGAACAGUUGGCAAACAUUGCUAAACACCUGGGAGUCGAUGUGUUGCUACGAACUGCUGAGCAUCCACCUGCAGCUUCUUCAGUCGCGGAUGCCUUUCGAGCACUGUUAGCAGCUAUUGGAGAAGAACGAGCAAAAAAUCUCAUCAUCGAUAUGGUCAUACCGCAAAUUAUCGAUAUAGAUUUUGCUGAUGUCUACAAUCUGCGUGAUCCUCUAGCCGUAUUGACUGACUUACUAACUCAAGGAGGAGCUUCAGAGGUCGAACCACGGAUACUACGCUCUUCCGGUCCUGUGAGUGCUGAACCAGUGUAUGUUGUUGGUAUCUACAAGGACAAGUCAGAGUUAGUUGGGCAAAGUGCUGGUGAGACACUGCGAAUUGCUACGGAAAUGGCGGCUCGAGAAGGACUUCUUCGACUUUGGGGUAUCACAGCCGAUAGGGUGUUCUUCUUUGGUCGUAAUGCCGCAGAAACACCUCUUGGAGAGUUCUCGAAGGAGAGCUAUUACUUGAAAGAUCGUUGUAAGCCAAGCACGGAUACGUCUGUGGUGCCUAUCGUCGAUACAGAACCGUUGAACAUAGUCGAGGUGGCUAUGCGAUAUCGCGACAAGGUACAAUCAGUUGUAGGAUUAAGCUAUACAAAGCGAUUGCGGCACAAAUUCUCGCGGGGAUCCUUAGCGAAGAGAUCAUUCAGAUACCUUGUAAAGCCGAAAGUGUACACAGUGUGUUAG